CACCACGUGCAUUAUUCUCAUCAGAUGUCUUGUCAUGUUACCGCUCAGUAGUUUUUCAUCCCACUGAUCAAGUGGUCUUACCUGGAGUCCUUAGGCAUGCCUAUGAUUUCAACGGAGAUCUGAAACCCCUUUUUCCAAAAAGCAGCUGCCGUUUCACUGUUUGUUCGAUAUCAGGAGACAAGACCAGGAUGUUAACUGAUUGCCCACGCAAUGCUAAAUGCAUUGUUAUGUGGAGUCUGAAGAAUGGUUCAGAGAUUAUUCGUAUCACCAGAGAUGAAGAUGUUUUGACUUUCGCAUGGUCGCGAGAAGGAGUGCUGCUGGCAAUUUCUCAUUCCUCGGGUCGUAUUGUUAUCGCUGAUGUGGUGGAUGGUUUUAGAACACUAGGACAAACCCAUCUCCGAAACGUUUGCGGCAUGAUUAAGUUGUCGCCUGAUAGUCGAUCUCUUUUAUGUUAUCAUUUAUCAUCGCUUGGCGUUCACUGUGGCUUCCGUUUGAAUAUCAAUAUCGCCGAAGAACUCAACUGUCGGGUGGAUGUCCUUAAAGAGCCCUAUGUAGCCUGGAAAUUUGAAUCACGUAGCGAGGGUGGAUUUUUGUUAGGAGAUCCUUUAUCGUGUGUAUUUGGAAAAGGGCGUGUCCUACUCGUCUCAAGUCUGAAGUUUUAUUUUGUGCUUGAUAAGCUUACUGUAUUGAGGAGUGAUGGUGAUCGCGUAGAAAUGUUGAAUAUUAAUGAACGACACGAAAACGAGGAAGAAGCUGCACAUGCCAACAUGGAGCAAAUUGUUUUUUCCUUGAGUGGUGAGACCAUUUACGUUGUCAGUAGUCAUGAUGUGAUGGCUUGGAAUGUUUCAAGUAGUGAGCUGAUUGUAGAGAAGGAAUUUGACAGUCUUCAUGCAAUUUUAUGGUCAUCAUGUAAUUGUUUUUUAGCUGUGGAAGGUGGUGUUUUAGUACAUCUAAUCGGAGGAAUGGAUACUCUGCAAAUGUGGAAUUUUGAAUUGUCCAAGUGCAUCCGACGUUGGACCAACAUAGGCAGUGUAACAGACGUGAUUCCUGUGUCUGAAGAAAGAGUGGCGUGUGCCACGAAAGAGACUGUGAUCAUCCUUGAUACUACCAGCGGAGAGAUCUUGUUGACUAUGCAGAUUGAUCGCACCACAGAUUUGCUUGCAUGCAACAGCAAGUUUCAAAUUUUAACCAAGAAUGAGGAUGGUUUGGUUCGUUUGUCGGAUCGCGAAGCCACGCUCUGGGGAAAGCAAUUGCAAUUUACCAAAUUUGGAAGGUUUUCUCCCGCGGAAACGUUUGUCAUUAUUUGCCCUUAUGUGCUUCUUAAAGCUGCAGUAUACGUCCUUGAUGCAGUUUCAGGAAAAACACUUCACGUUUUAAGUAGUGGAAGUGGUCUGCGGUCAUUCUUUGCUUGUGAAUUUGUCAGUGACGAGGAGUGUGUUGUUAUCUCUGAGGCUCCCUCAGAACAGUGUCUUGUUCAGCUGUUUAACGUCAAGUCAGGUGACCUACUGAGUAACCUCCCGUUGGGUAAUCUGCGGCUGAGUAACCAGCUGGAACCAACGAAUUGCUUAGCAGCCUCGCCAUGUAAGCGUCUCAUCGCCAUUUAUCCAAGUGGCUCUAAACACAGAUACGAACUUAUCCAGGUUCGAUUGCCUGGAGAUGAAGACAGCAAGAAGAGCAAAAGGACUCUUAACCCUGGAAAACACGUAAAAGUACAAGUAGGAAAACAAGAGGUUAGCCAUUGUCAAACGAACUUUAACUUUCCGGUAACCAACCUGAAGUUGAAGAGCCAGUCGUCUCUAUUGUUCGCGUUCUUUUUGUGGAUUUGCUGUGAAAAACUAAACUAGCCUAAUGACAAGAAAAACAUCGAACAUGCUUUCGUUCUGAUCAAACAAAUGUUAAUUUUAUAGUGUGCAACCUGUCGAGGGAUAUACUCGCGAAACUUGUUGUUUUUACGAAGCCAAGGAGCAAACGCGUUUCAGCUAUGUCACAUCGUUACAACCUACUAUAUUCAGCGUAAACGUACAAUAUUCAGUUAAAAAAAUGUUCCGUCUCUCUCUCUCAAAUGGAAGAAUGAAGAUGCAACAUUAAAAACACCUUUUACGCUUUGCAUAGCGAUAAAGACUGUUGAGCACAACAGCUCUUUCAUCACUAUGCGCCCAGAAUUAAUAAUGGUAAUUGAACUGAGUGAAGUGCAAUUUGGUCUGAAAUCAUA